AUGAACAAAAUCUUGUUCUCCACAUGUGCUAGCUACCUGGCCUGGAUUGGUCAACUCUACUUUGUGGUCAUCGACCAGCUGAUUAACCUGGUGGUGGCCGUAAUCAUGUUGGCUCUGGAGGAGAGCAAGACGAUCCUCAUCUCCCUGCUGUCAUCUGUGCACCUCCUGGUUGCUCCACUGAGGCUGAUGUCAGCCUGUAUGUGGCAGGUUGCACAGGACAGAAACGUGGACCAGUAUGACAAACUGGCAGAAUUCAUCACACUGGUGACAGAGAUGGUCCCGGAGCUUCUGAACUACAAACAGAGGACUCAGCUGAUCCUCAGACUGGGAGCUCGGGUAAGUCAAUCCCCCGGUACUGCGGGGAAAGUUAAAAGGAUGGGAGUGGACUCGUGCCUGGUGGACUGGAUCUCUGACUACCUCAGUGACAGACCACAGUAUGUCAGACUGAAGGACACCACAUCUGACACUGUGGUCAGCAGCACAGGGGCCCCUCAGGGGACAGUGCUGGCCCCUCUCCUCUUCACCCUGUACACCUCAGACUUCUGGUGCAACACAGAGCUGUGCCACAUACAGAAGUACGCAGAUGACACAGCCAUCAUGGGGUGUAUCAAGGAUGACAGAGAGAAUUCCAGCACACUGUCGGAGGAGCCAACCAGGACGAGGAAGAGGAAGGCCAGCCCUGAGAGGAGCGUGGAGAGGAAAAGGGUGAAGAGCUCUGAGCUGGAACAACCCGGCACCAGCUCAGACGACGGGGAGGGACCGAAGACCAGGAAGAAGAAGAGGAAUCUGAGGAGACGCCUGUUGGACCAGGAGGUGCCGUCCUCCUCAGCAACCACUAGCAGAGACACCAGCAGCGACCCUUUAGAGGGCUGCAGUCAGCCAAAAGAGGGCAUAAAGAGAAAAGGCGCUGACAAUGAAGAAGCACAGAGAAAGAAAAGGAGGCUUCAGCUGGUGCAUGAAGAAGAGGACAGAGGAAAGCUGUCCGUGGACGAGCAGAGAGUCCAAUUUGAAAGUAAAUAUGAGCAGCAGCAUAAGCUCGGAGCAGGAGGCUGUGGAUCGGUGUUUGCCGGCUGCCGUAAAUCUGACAAUCUGCCGGUAGCGAUAAAACGUGUCCCUACAGACAAGAUUUUGUGCAAACACGUGGACCAGAACGGGAAGCAGCUCUCCAUAGAAGUGGUCGCUUUGUUGAAGAUCCAGGCCGGAGCAGCAAGACCAGCGGGGACGAUAUCCCUGCUGGACUGGUACGACCUGGGCCAGGAGCUGAUCCUGGUUCUGGAAAGACCGGUCCCCUGUGAGGAUCUGUUUGAUUACGUGGCGGGCAACGGAGGUUCGCUGGAGGAGGAGGAGGCCAAGGUAGGCUGCACUCCUGACCACGCCCCUCCAGAGUGGCACUGCCAGAGAACGUACCGGGCCGGGCCCGCCACAGUCUUUCAGAUUGGGGUGGUGCUGUUCGACAUGCUCCACAGAUACGAACAUUUCCAAACCAGACUGUAUUUCGGAAAUAGUGUGCAAAUCUGCGAUGAGCUGUCUGAAGAUUGUCAGGAUUUCUUAGAGAAGUGCUUCACUUUGAUUCCUGAACAACGGCCCACACUGACGGAGCUCCUGCUUCAUCCAUGGCUCAGAUAG